GACUGGAGGAGAUGCCACCAAAACCUAUCCAAGACACAGGGAUCAUUUUGAAGCAAGGAUACCUGGAGAAGAGGUCCCGAGACCACGGUUUCUUUGGGUCAGAGUGGCAGAAGAGGUGGUGUGUCCUCAAGAAAAGGAACUUCUACUACUACAACAGUGAGAAAAGCAAGCAACCAAAAGGCACCUUCAGCAUUGAGCACUGCAGUGCCCGAAUGGCUUCACAUCUCCGCAAGGACUCGAGGAAAAGAUGCUGCUUUGAGUUGAUCUGCCCUGGCAAACGCACCUACGAGUUCACAGCCCCAAGCCCAGAAGAGGCUGAAGACUGGGUGGACCAGAUCCAGUUCCUCCUAAAGGACCUGAGCUCCCUCACUAUCCCUUGCGAUGAGGACGAGGACGAGGAGGAGGAAGAGGUCUACAAUGACGUGGACAGUUCUGACUCUAUGAACACAACAUCCCACAACACCACCCUGAAUCAGGAUGAGCCAAACAUGGAGAUGGGAGGGGAGGACAUCUAUGAGGUUUUGCCAGAUGAAGAGCUGGAUCCACCUUUCCCAGAGGACACUGAGGAUGCAGAGAGCAGUGAAAGGAGUGGAGAUGCCCAACGAGACUAUGCUAAUUAUUACCAGGGGCUGUGGGACUGCAGUGGUGACAACCCUGAUGAACUCUCCUUCCGCCGAGGAGAUCUCAUCUACAUCCUCAGCAAG